UCGGGGUUUGCCGGGUAAGGCAUGUCGUUGUUAGGGUUGACUUUUGGGUCGGGGUUCUAGUCGGGGUUUUUGCUAAAAAAAAAUCCGUCGGGGUUCGGGGUCGGGUUGCUACCUUAAUUAAGAAUAUUCAUAGUGAGUGGGUACCUAUUUGUGUGGAAUCAUUGAAAUUAAUAUUCAUUUCUCUCGGAAUACCAUUUGGGUCAAAGCUCCUUCUGGUCGGAGAUGGUUAGAGCUUAUCCAGCAGCAGCCCACAUUCCUCCACCCCCAAUACACGUCCCACCUGCCCCAGCACAAAUAUCCCUACCCAAACCAAUCGUCACCCCUCCAUAUCAACUUGUCGAUGAAGGACAACAAGCUGUAUUUACCUGCCUAACUCCUGGCUAUGCUGACUGUGAAGUUGAGUGGCAUUACCAACGAUUGGGUGGCCCAUUGCCUUAUGGAUGGCAAAGAAGGGGAAAUCAAAUAAUUGUUCAAAAUGCUCAAGAUAUACAUGCUGGGGAUUAUAUUUGUAGUGUAACUCAUCAAUUAGGAACUACUGCUUCGGAUCCUGGACGAUUGGAAAUUAGAAAACGUAAUUAUAUAAAUAUUUUUAAAAUAGGUCUAUUAGAAAGGGGGUUCCUUCUAUUCAAAUAA